CAACAAAAAAACAACAGGGAGUGGGAGUGGAAAUCCAAACAAUCAAACAAAAAAAGUGAAUUGAUAAAACUGUAUGAGAUGAAGAGACAAGAAUAUGGAGAUUAAUUUUCCUACGACUGACAAAACUCCGGCUGCAAAUAAAAUAAGUUAGUCCUUAAGGUGUUACAAGUUUGUUUGUUGCUUUUAUUACAAGAGUUUUAGGUCUCUUGCAUACUAAAUAGUGAUGGCUAUUUGACACUGCUUUUCCUGCCAUAGCUGCAUCCUUGUAAUCCUUCGUUUUGUAGUCUGGUCAGGGUCAAUAGAGGAGCUCCCUGGUUGAGUUAUUUUUUUAACAUUUUAUUGGGUUUUACAUUCAUAAUUCAUAACAAUAGUACUUCUCUUUUUUAACAUUUGCCUUCCCAAUUGACCAGGAUUUUUUUCUCUCCCUGGUUGAGUUAUUAUAGAAAACCAUUCCUAACCAUCUUAACAGCAUCCACCCAAACAUCCAAUUCACCAUGGAAAAAGAAAAGGAAGGAAAACUGCCAUUUCUAGAUGUUCUGGUCAUCCGCAAACCCAAUCAACAAUUGGGCCACACAGUUUACAAAAAACCUACACACACAGAUAGAUACCUUCAUAAUAACUCCAACCAUCACCCAAGUCAAAAAAGGAGCACAAUCAAAGCCCUGACAGACCGUGCACAAAGAAUCUGCGAACCUCACCUCCUCCAAGGUGAACUCAACCACCUAAACUGGGCUCUACAGGCCAAUGGAUACUCCACCACAGACAUCAAAAGAGCUGCAAGGCCAAGAACAAGCCAUGAGAGUCAAGACAAAGAUCCACCCAGAGGAAAGGUGUUCUUACCAUACAUCAAGGGAACUACUGACCGCAUAGGGAAGCUGAUGAAGAAGCACAACCUACAAACUAUCUACAGACCCACGAAGAAAAUCCAACAAAUGCUACGGUCAGCGAAGGACAAGAGGGAUCCUCUCUCUUCUGCAGGAGUCUACCGGAUACCAUGCAGCUGUGGACAAGUCUACAUAGGGACCACCAAACGCAGCGCCCAAACAAGAGUCAAAGAACAUGAAAGGCACUGCAGACUAAUUCAACCAGAGAAAUCAGCCAUAACAGAGCAUUUGAUGAACCAGCCUAGACACAGAAUACUAUUUGAGAACACAAAAAUGCUGGACCAUUCUAACAACUAUCAUGUCAGACUACACAGAGAAGCCAUUGAAAUCCACAAGCAUGUGGACAACUUCAACAGAAAGGAAGAAACCAUGAAAAUGAACAAAAUCUGGCUACCAGUAUUAAAAAACUCAAAAAUCAGAACAGUAAAUAAAAAGCAAUACUCUGAAAACAGAGGAUUUCCAGACAUGAAUCAACCAAGGGCAGUUAACGACUCUAAACAAAGGAUGCCCCAGAGGCAGGAAGAAGACAGCAGAUAAGCUUUUCAAUGCUAAUUAAAGUGAUUAACUACACAACAUUCACACUGACCUCUCUCACCCUAGACUUUCCACAGAUAUAUAUUAACCUCUUUGCUUAGUUUUCUCCAUACCUCACAACCUCUGAGGAUGCCUGCCAUAGAUGUGGGCGAAACGUCAGGAGAGAAUGCUUCUGGAACAUGGCCACACAGCCCGAAAGACAUACAACAACCCUGUGAUCCCGGCCAUGAAAGCCUUCGACAACACAUUCCUAAACUGUAUAUUUCAGGAUUCCAUAGGAUGGGACUAUGGUAGUAAACGUUGUACCAUAGGACUAUGAUUAUUUAGUUUGGAAGAGACUUAACACAGCUAUUUGAACCAUAUCCACCAGUCAAGUAGAUAAAAUUUUACUGGUAGGUCACUACUAAGAUAUAUUCGCCCUGUCUGAUCUCCAUCCAUAUAGGAUGGUCACUCAGGGACACACUAAAGGUCAAACUGCAUUAAUUCUACAGUGUAUAUGUACCCUUUGUCAGUGAGGUAUAGCUCAAUUCUAGGCUUUGUCUGGAUUUUAAAUAAAUAGUUGGAGUGUUGAAUUCUAGAAAAUAGGCGGAAAACCUUGACUAUCCCAUUUAAAGUUCAGACUAAAACUCAGAAUAGGUAUCCUGUCUCAGGAAGACAGAAGCUGCCACUCUGGCCUGUUUCCUCAUGUUUCCUCAUUUUGUGUCUAAAGAGCCACUAUUGCUUUUAUCCUCUUGAAGCCACAGGCAGAAUUACUCAUCUCAAGACUGUUUCCCUGGGAAUCUCGAGGCCUAUGUAUGCUGAACCUUAAUAUUAUGUGGCUUCCCCUGCUACUUUUUGUUCCCAAUCCAAACAAUAGAAAGCAAAAGACAUAUGAAUAAAGAAAAUCAUUAGUGAAAGAAGGAAUGAAAGAAAGAAAGAAAGAAAGAAAGAAAGAAAGAAAGAAAGAAAGAAAGAAAGAAAGAAAGAACAGAAGGAAAGUUCCUUAACCCCACUGCAAAUGAUGUCCUCACUCGAAUUCCCCCAGUGUCAGGCUUUUGUCAUUGUUUGGCAAGCUUCAUAAGUGAGAGUGAUAGCUAAUGACUAGGCAACAGCAAAUAGGGUCCCUAGUGAGCCGGUCAGCUUGUUUCUCCUCUGUUACAUUGAAAGGGGAUGGCAGCCAGCAUCCAGAGACCAGCACAAGUCAGAAGAGUCACAAAACAGAGUUUUCUUUCUACAGCUUCUUUUCAUCUCUUUGUUCAGAUACAUAAUGAAGUUAAAAAAGACAAAAGACGGAAGUGGAUCAGGCAAGGGAUUUGUUAAACUACAGCCACAAAGCUGUGAACAGUGCAGACAGGUAGAGUCCAACGGUUGGAGCCACAUGGGGAAAUAGCCCUGUCAACACAUACCAGUGAUUGCCCUGCCACUGCAUCCAAUAAGUAACUAGGAAAACCCAUUUCAUUUUGUUUUUUCAGAGGCUGGAUUGUAUAGCUAGUGGUGAACGUCUCGCUAUGCCUUCCUCCCAUUAUGCAUUUGUGGAGAAGUAGUGGUGGAAGCCAGCAUGCCCUUCUCCAAUCAGCUUAACACCUUCUUCUCAGAUGUUAAAACUGCCAUGUGAGCUUAGGGGCCAUCCAAGAUAUUUUGUGCCUCAGGAAGACCAGCCAAAAAUACACCACUCUCACCUCAAGUGCAAACACCCAAGCCAGCCAAGUUAUUUUGCCACCUGGUACUGGCAUUAAAAAGAUAAAAAUACAAUAAUAAAGUAAAUUGCUAACAAUUUGACACUCUUUCAUGAAACUCAAUAUCUGCUUCCUGAGAAAGGGAUCUCAUUCUUUCUAAUGACAGGCCUGGGUCCCAAACUUUAGCCAUGUUAGUUGGGUUUAUCUGCAUACCACCAGUAUUGGCUAGAUAAGGGAUUCUUGACCAUUCAGUUAGAUCUUCCUAAAAGCUUCUUGAAUGCUCACAAGCCAAAACAGGGAUUAAUUAGUACUCUUUUUCCAGCAGAAAUUCCUAUGCCAUUGAUGCUGUUUGGUCUUGAAUGACAAGAAUCCUAUAUGAGCCUGCCCCAGCUCCAAGGUGCUUAAGGGAGGUCCUUCUCCCAAUCCUACUGCCUCUAUAGACAUGUUUGGGGGCAUAAAGAAUGAGAGAGGCCUGAUUGAUUGCUGCCACUAGAUUCUGGAACUCCCUUCAUGGGAGGCUAGUAUGGCACCCUUUCCUUGCUCUCCUCCCAUUGAUAAUGAAAACUUGCCUGUUCCAUGUGCGUUUAAGGAUUGUGUUGUUUUCUUCUUUUUAUAGCCUUUCUUUUCACGAAUUAUUUUAAUUCACAAUAGUUUUAAAUUGCUAGAAUGUUGAAUUGCCUUUCAAAAUACAAUAUAAGCUCUUGGUCACAUGUGUUCCAGUUUUCAUCUGUAAAAUGUUGAAGGAUAUAAGUAUAUGCUUUUUUUGGAAAGGCAUGACCUUUUAGAGGUCAUAACAUUUUGGAAAACCAGAAACUCCAUAACCUUUUGGAGAAAAAUAGCAUUCACAACCAUUUUAAAAUCAUAACCGUUUGUAAAAAUAUGAUCUUCCAGAGAAGACCCAAAAACCCAUUUGAGUAAAAUUUUCUUUUCAGUGGUGUAUACCCACAUGUACUUAUGCAUGACAAUUCAGUUUUCAGCUGUUAGACUGAUAAUCUAGUCGUCUCUGAUCCGUUAGGAACAUAGAUUAUGCCAAUACACAAAAUAGAGCAGUUCUUCAGAAGUGUUCCUUUCAGUGCCCAAAAACAUCUACUCUCCCAUAAAUAUCUUGCUUCUAUAUCAUGCUCGCAAGAGACAAAAGUAAAGUAGACUCCGUUAAAAGUAACAUAUCUGGUUUACUUCACAUAUUCACCUUCACAUAUUCAGCAUACAGGUACAUUACUUGUCAAUCCUGUUACAGAUAGGAUUUGAAUUAGUUUCUCUGUGCACAUAACACAGAGCAUCUUUCUGAUUAUCUUAACAGUCCAAAGUUUAAAGCAUCUUUGUGUUCUAAAAUGAAGUCUGAGCUCUCAGCUGUCCCAGAACUGAUCAUGUGGUCUGCAGCCCCUCCCACAACUUCAAGAAACAUGGAGUAAAGGGAAAGCUGCAUACCAAAAUAAACAUAUACAAUACAGUAAGCAAACAGGAUCAUAUACAAACAAAUUACUAGUGGAGGUUUGAAGAUGAUUGCUAUUUCCAGCAUACUUGGAUAGUAUGGUCUAAAAGAAAGAGAAUGAUAACAUCCAUACCAGCAUUGGACCUGAGUGAGUCUUAACACUAGAGGAAGACAAACAUUAAUCAAACCACUCAAUGUAUCUUUUUAAAUGAAUUCUCUCUCUCUUCUUGGCACUGAUUGCAGAUUAAGAACAUAAGAACUUCAGAAGAGCUCUGCUGGAUCAGAUCAAGGGUCCAUCUAGUCCGGCAUUAUGUUUACAUCAGCUGGCCAUAUACCUCUGGGGUGCUUCUUAAGAAUAUCAGAAGAGCCUUACUGGAUCAGAUCAAAGGCCUAUCUAGUUUGCUGUUCAUCUCACUCCAUGGCUGAUGGAAAGCCCACAAGCAGCACAAGAGUACAAGAAUUACCUCCUCCAGAUGUUCCCCAGGAAAUGUUAUACAGGUACUUGAGGAGCUGCGAUGGCGAAAUGGGUUAAACCCUUGUACCAGCUGAACUGCUGACCUGAGGGUUGGUGGUUCGAAUCCGUGAUAUGGGGUUAGCUCCCAUCUGCAAUUUCUAGCUUGGGGAGACACGAGAGAAGCCUCCCAGAAAGAUGGUAACACAUCCGGGCAUCCCCUGGGCAACAUCUCUGUAGACGGCCAAUUCUCUCACACCAGAAGCGACUUCCAGUAUGUACUCAAGUCACUUCUGACAUGAUAAAAAAAAAAGCCACAACUUUAAUCCCAGUUUUCUCUCUGCUUGAGUGCUGGCGGAAGGAAUCUUCCACAAAAACAUGAAUCCAAGGUUUGUUUGUUACCACUGCUUUCUCUCCCUUGGAAAAAUAACUCUGACAUCUAGGUGAUGGGAGUAAUUUUUUGCCUUCCAUCUUGUAUCAUCUUCUCAACUUGUACACAGUUGGUAAGCAAAGGGAGACUUUUGUAUUUCCAUUGCACCAGGCUAGAUAAUAAGUAGCAUGAAAAUUGGGCUAACAGGACAUUUUACAGUAAUAAAAUCCACAGCAAACCUGCUCAGUUGGCUUGGCAAACUGUUGCAACUUUGUUUGAAGAACAAGAAAGAAAAAAACAGAAUUGCUGAUAUAAAUUGGUAAGAGAGAAGAUAGAGCAGAGCCUGAUGCUUCUUAAGGUAAAUAAUAUGCAUUUUUUGGGGGGGGGGGAGUGGCUAAUACAAUAUUAGCCCCAGGGACAAAGAUAUUUUCUCUCUUAGAAGCAGUGCACAUUUUAUAGCCUCUUAGAAAAUAAUUUCAUUUUCCUUGUACCACUCAGGAAACCUGAUAGAAUGUGCAUUUCUAAAACUAAAAAGGCUAUACUGAUUAUUAAAAGACACAUAAAGUCAGGGGAUGCUUGAGGUAAACUUGCAUGGAAGGAGAAAUUAAAAACUCCACCUACUCCUGGGUAUACUAUUGUAGGGCUACAACAAUUUUUUCAAUUCAGUUUCACCACAGAUGCUUUUGAAAACAGUUGCAUUAAUAUUAGUCCUUUUGAACAAUAAUCAGGUCUAGUGCAUCCAAAGGCUUUACUGACUUUCUUCUUUCAUACCCUGUUACAAGACUAACAUAUAAAUUCAUUUCUGCUUGCUGUUUUGAAGAAUUUCAUCCCAAGAUGCACCUCAACUGAAAUGCCCCCAAGGAACAAAGCAAAGAUCAAUGGCUUGACUGAGGGGCAUCUCGUGAACAAUGAGUAUUUUUUAUUUGUAUUACAUCCAAGCUUAGAGCAAGCACAGAAGCAAAGCUGUAGUAGAAAGGAUCUGAGCAAAUACAAUCCCAGCUAAACUUUAUCUCUUUUCCAUGCCACACUGCACUAGUUCUUUCAUAGAAUCAUAGAGUUGGAAGAGGCCUCAUGGGCCAUCCAAUCCAACCCCCUGCUGAGAAGCAGGAAAUCGCAUUCAAAGCACCCCCGACAGAUGGCCAUCAAGCUUCCAUUUAAAAGCCUCCAAAGAAGGAGCCUCCACCACACUCCGGGGCAAAAAUCUUCCAGUUCCAAACAGCUCUCAUAGUGAGGAAGUUCUUCCUAAUGUUCAGGUGGAAUCUCCUUUCCUGAAGUUUGAAGCCUUUGUUCCGUGUCCUAAUCUCCAGGGCAGCAGAAAACAAGCUUGAUCCCUCGUUCCUAUGACUUCCCCUCACAUAUUUAUACAUGGCUCUCAUCAUGUCUCCUCUCAGCCUUCUCUUCUGCAGGCUAAACAUACCCAGCUCGUUCAGCCGCUCCUCAUAGGGCUUUUUCUCCAGACCUUUGAUCAUUUUAGUCGCCCUCCUCUGGACAUCUUCCAGCUUGUCAACAUCUCCUUUCAAUUGCGGUGCCCAGAAUUGGACACAGUAUUCCAGGUGUGGUCUGACCAAGGCAGAAUAGAGGGGUAGCAUGACUUCCCUGGAUCUAGACACUAGACUCCUAUUGAUGCAGGCCAAAAUCCCAUUGGCUUUUUUAGCUGCCAUAUCCAAGGCCAGCCCUAGGUAAUUUUCAAGUGUAAUCAAACAGUAUUUUGGUGCUCCUGCAAACCAAUCACUGAAAAAUAAAAAGUAGAAGGUAGAGGUGAAUAUAAUAUAUAUGUAUGUGUGUAUGUAGCACACACACACACAUAUAUAUGAGGCACAUAUGGUCCCUGCAUAUGUGUUUGUAUGUGAGAUAUAUAUAUAUAUAUAUAUCUUAUAUAUACAUACACAUACACACAAUGUGGAGAAUAUGUGGCAAGGUAGAUAGAUAGGUAGGGAGCCACAGCAGAGGAACCGUCCCGGGAGCAAGGACUAAUAAUAAUAAUAACAGUAAUAACAAUAAUAGUAAUAAAUCAUCCCAACAAAGGAUUCCCCCAGGCAGCAAGCAGCCAAGCUUUGAAGCUGAAAGGCUAUUCAAUGCCACUCAAGAUGGGCAAUUGAAACAUUCUGCAGAUAUAUAAACCCCAAUUUAUUAGUUUCCAACCUCUGAAGAUGCCUGCCAUAGAUGCAGGCGAAACAUCAGGAGAGAAUGCUUCUGGAACAUGGGUCAUACACCCCGGAAAACUCACAGUAACCCAGUAAUUCUGGCCAUGAAAGCCUUCAACAACAUUAUGAAACUUUAUUUGUAUCCCACUUUUCUCCCUUCUUUCCUUCCUCCUUUCCUUUCCUCUUCUUCUCCUUUCCUCUUCCUUUCCCUUCCUCUUCCUUUCCUUGUCUCUUCCUUUCUUUCCUGCUCCUUCCCUUUCCUUUUUUCUCUUCCUUUCCCUUCCCCUUCCCCUCCCGUUCCUUUUCCACUUCUCUUCCUUCCCUUCCCUUUGCUUCCUGGCCACAUGCUGUGUUUCCAGCAGGGCUGCAAGGCAGAGAGAGAGAGAGGAAGAGGGAAAGCACACAUGCGGAAGAGGGCUCGCACCUCCUUGGGACCUUGUCCGUCAGUUGGUCCGUUCUUCCGUCCAUCCUUCCUUCCUUCCUUCAGCUCUUCCUGACUCCCUCUCUCACAUGAGCCCUUCCGCGUGCUUUGAGAGACCUGAAUCUGGAUGCCGGCACCUCAUCAGCGCCCCUAGCGAUUUCGCGCCACCCGCAAAAGCUUCCUUAGCUUAUAGCUUCAGCCGCCCCUGACCGCAUCACAUCACCCCUUCCACACAGCUAUAUAAAAUCCACAAUGAACUGGAUUAUAUGGCAGUGUGGACUCAGAUAAUCCAGUUCAAUGCAGAUAUUGUGGAUUAUCUUUCUUGAUAUUUUGGAUUGUAUGGCUGUGUGAAAGGGCCCUUUAUUGAUCGGAGCUGGAUUUGGAAAAAAAAAGGUUUUGGCCAAUAAACAAAUGAUUAAUAGGGAAGGCAACAAUAAUAAUCACUGCUCUGAAGAGCUCUAUUUUUCUCUCACCUGUUUUGGUUUUGAACUCUAUCUCUGGAUAGUGAGGAUAUGUGAAAGUAUGUCAUAAGGAAGAGGGAGCAGGGUUGUUUUCUGCUGGCCUGGAGAUUCUGGGUUCAAAUUACAUGGGUUCAUGACAUACAAUAUCUGAAGUCUGUGAAGUUAUUAAAAUGUUAUCCCUGUAAAUCUCCAGGUCUUCUAGUGUGAUUAUAUGAUCAGCUUCUAUCAGAUGUUGACCAUAGAUUUGUGCUGGAGGAUUUAGAAAUUUCUAGGCGUCCCUGCAGUUUUUCACACUCACAGGUGUCCUGUGCCCCUAAACACAAUGUGGAAGACUGACUAUGUUUUUAUCCAUUGGAGCAAAGAGUAUGAGACUUCAGCUUGGGAAUGUAAAGAGGGACCAAAAAUAUGAUAUAUUUUGGAUUUUAUUGAUUCUUAUUGCCAGGAUCUGAUAACAUUAUUUUUUUUCAUUUUUUCAUUCUCCUCCCUCUCCUCUGAGAUCUAUCAUCAUUCUGACAUAUUGUUGUUCUGAGCCACUGCCAUAUAAUGGACCUUGAUCAAAGAAACAGUUUGAUCUGCCAUGAAGUUUGCAGGGUGGUCAGGAUACUUUUUCUACAGGGUUGUUGCAAGGAUUAAAUGAGAGACGCCCACAUAUUCUGCCUUACUCUCCUUGGUGCAAGAGUGGGACAGAAGGGUGACAAGUACAGUAUACUUUUAGUUAAUUGGCCCCCAUAGGGAUUGGUAGAUGCUGAGUAAGUAUUAAGUGUAAUUUCUGGGUGCUUGAGAGUUACUAUUAAAAAUAGGCCUAACUAAUAUUAUACCCAUACUAUACCAUACCACACCAUAUUAACAUUGAAAAACAGUAAUUAAAAACAAAUAAAAACAAAGAAGGACAAACUUAACUUAAUGUAACACAGUUAUAAAAAGCUGAUUUUGUUAAAUUGUUGCUGGUUGCUUGAAUUCUGGUUAACUGAGAGUCCACUGCAUGUACUUAUUUUAAAAUGAUAUUGUUUUUCAAAAUAAUGAUUAAUGUGACUAAUUUCAACAUCUUUUUACUAUAUUAACACUAAAGCUCUGUUGCAACUCAUCUUCGCCAAAACAGACAUGUUAAAAUACAUAUUUGCCAUUCAAUUUUAAAGUUUAUUCAUUAGGAAUAUUUCUAUACUGCUUAUUUGAGUCAAUCCCCAAAUUAUAUCUAAACUAGUAGUGCGGCUUAAUGUUUGUUGGGGAAGAGGAGAGUCGCCCCUCAACCCCUAAACCUUCCUUUACAAUGCUCUGCUGCUUUACACCAUUUCUCUUCUCUCCAUCCAGUUUGCUUCUCCUGGCAUACCUGGGGUAGAGAUGACGAUUUAAAACAUCUGAGGCAGUUGAGGAAACUGAAUUUGGAUUUGUGGGGGACCUGGGGACAGUAAGAAAAGCCUUUAAGUUUUCCUCUUGUCCUUUGCAAACCAGGCCAAGGAACUUUUUGUCGCAAAAGUGUGGCCUGCCACAAGAGCCACCCACAUCAGUGAAGAGAAGCAAUCCUGACACAGCAGCUCAGACAAACGCUAAUUAAACUGAUCUGGGUUCUAUGCGGCAUGAUCCUUUGCUCAAAGGGAGGAUGUGAAGCAGGCAUAAGGAGCAGCACAGCGGAGGAAACGGCAGAGCAGAAGCACCUAGACACAUCAAUUAUGCAUAUAAUGCCAGCAGCAACAAAGGGGGAAAGGGACCAGAAUGAGGAGAACGGAAUAUCAUAAAGCUUUUUAAUAGUCUUUUUCUAUUAGCGUCAGAGCAGUGACCAUGUUUCAAGGCGGUGGGAAUUUUCCAAAACUCAGAUGGAAUUCAGUGACAAAAGCAAAACUGUGUUUCACUGUCUCCUCCCAAACCCCCCAUACAUGUGCUAUUGCAACCCAUGGUCUCAGAAGUGGAAUAUGAUUGGCAGGACUGUGUGGUUGGUGCGACUGAGAGACCUUAUUUAAAGACUCUCCAAAGAAGAUAUGCAGAGUGGCCAUGCCAGCUGUGAGAUUCUGGGAAUUGCAGUCCAAAGGUAACUUUUCCAAGCAUUCCGUUUGGCAAAGUACACAGUCACUGAUGGGAUUGAAGUGAAGGGUGGGGCAUGGUUAUAGCACUAGCACAUACUGGAAUGGACAGUUUUUGUUUCUGUUCACAGUGUUUUAGUUUCAACUGUAUUAAACCUUUUACAGAUGCUCA